AACCCCUCUCUGGGAGGAUGGUUCAAAGAGUUUGCCCAGUUUAAUCGUCCGGAACGGCAAUCGAAAUGACUUUCCACCUCGAACCUCACAAGUGUGACUUUGAAACAGAAAUGUCAGCGGAGGAGAGACUGAGAGAGUUAGAGUCGCUGACUUUGACGGGGAGGUUGCUCGGUCUCGAGGGGCUGCUGGAUGUUUUUGUCUGCGUGGUCGAGGAGCUAAGCCAGUCCGUUUUGACAGGAGAGAAACACGUCCAGGAUUUCCUCGCCUGGGCUCGGCCGAUCGCGGGGGAAGCGAAAGCCUUGCAGCUUCAACAGGACGACUUUGAAAUCCUGAAAAUCAUCGGCAGAGGAGCAUUCAGUGAGAUUGCCAUGGUCAGACUGAAGCACACGGACCGGGUGUACGCGAUGAAGAGGAUGAGCAAGUCGGACAUGUUAAAUCAGAAGGAGACCGUACAUUUCCGUGAGGAACGUGAGGUCCUCAUCAAAGGGAGCUCCCGGUGGAUCACCAGAUUACACUUCGCCUUUCAGGACAGUCAUCAUCUGUAUUUCAUCAUGGAUCACUAUGCUGGUGGAGACUUCCUGACAUUGAUGAGCAGGUUCGGCGAUCGCUUCCCAGAAACUAUGGCCCAGUUCUACCUGGCAGAGCUGGCUCUGGCAAUAGACUCCGUCCAUGAGAUUGGCUUCAUCCACCGAGAUGUGAAGCCAGAUAAUAUCCUUAUGGAUGAGAAUGGUCACAUCAAGCUGGCAGACUUUGGCUCUUGUCUCCGAAUGGGAAUUAACGGCCAGGUACGGUCGGCCAUUGCUGUGGGUACGCCUGACUACAUCGCCCCGGAGAUCCUGCAGUCCGUGGAAGACCCUUCAGUGAUGUACGGCCCAGAGUGUGACUGGUGGUCGCUCGGCAUCUGCUCCUAUGAGAUGCUUUUUGGGCAGACCCCCUUCUACGCUGACUCCCUGACUGAAACCUACGGGAAGAUUCUCAACCACAGGGACUGUCUUCAGUUCCCGGACUCCGUUCCUGAAGUGUCUGAUGAGGCGAGGGCCUUUAUCCAGGGUCUGGUUUGCAGUAGGGAGGAGAGGUUGGGACAGAAUGGAGUCGGGGACCUAAAGGGGCACGCGUUCUUCAGGGGCAUUGAUUGGGACUUCAUCGAUCGGACUGAGCCCCCUUUCAUUCCAACAAUCACCAGUUGCACGGACACCUCGAAUUUUGACGUGGAAGAUGAGAAUUUCAGCAGUCCGGUCCUUUCUCAGGCAUGUUUUAUUCUCUUCCUUAUCUUUGUUUUCGUUGAUGGUUUCAUGCUCAGGGGACAGGGACCUUCAGAGCCAAUGCCCUGUGGUGUCUUUCCUGGAACUCACCUUCCAUUCGCAGGAUUUGCAUUUUCCACAAUCAGACAGGGCGACUGCAGAGAUGCUGCGGGAGUGACGGGCUGUACAGUCAAUCCCAACCAACUGGACUCCAGCAUGCAUGUCAGGGAUCUGCUUCAGCAGUUACCUGACAUCUCCACCCUGGAUCUGUCAAUCCUGUUCACGCUGCAGUCAGCGCUGGAGGACGUACUGAAGGGCAGAGAGAUUCUUGACCGUGAACUUCUGGAAAUGAAGACCGUAAACGUGAACAGCGAAAGGUUACUGACCGAAGCAAAUACCAGAAACACAAGGUUGGAAGAAGAGUUAGAGAACACGAUGAGGGAACUGGAAGAAGUGAAAUGCAGAUUAAACCAUGAUUCAAUGCUCUUCGAUCCUCAGUGUUUUCCAUUCUGCCCCGAACUGGACAGCCUGUGGGAUAGGGUCCACGUGACGGCUGCCUUGGUCUCAUGCUCACCGCUUGUGGUUCCUGUCCUUCGGUACCUUGUCUUGUUCACUGGGGCUCCUAGGUCAAUGGGAGUGAUGAAAGGACUCUUCCUCCUCUGGACAGUGGGAUGCAGGCUCACAGCACCUUCCUGCUGCCCAGUGGUACCACCCUGACAUCCCACCGUGCCUCUGUCAUUGACCGACUCGGAAACAACAGGCACCACUGCA